GCAGGGGGGCGCUUUCUAUGCGAGAGAAGAAAGAAGUCUCAUCUGCCGUUCAACUCUGGCUGGCACUGCAGCGUUCUGCCCCGCGCUGUCUUCCUCUGCCAUGUGGCUUUUUGACUGGAUCGUUUCGCUCAACACAGCCGUGGUGAAACUCGCCAGCGGUCUGAGGUGCAAACCUGAGCCCCACCCGAGGGGAGCAGCACAGCAGCCCGACUCCUCUCUGCAGGAGCAAGAUGAGGAGAUCUUGGGUUCUGAUGAUGAGGAGCAGGAGGACCCUAAUGACUACUGCAAGGGUGGGUACCAUCAUGUCAAGAUAGGUGACCUGUUUAAUGGACGUUACCAUGUAAUCCGCAAGCUGGGAUGGGGUCAUUUUUCCACCGUUUGGCUUGCUUGGGACAUACAAGGGAAGCGUUUUGUGGCCAUGAAGGUGGUUAAAAGCGCAGAACACUACACAGAAACAGCUCUCGAUGAGAUAAAGCUGCUGAGAUCGGUCAGAAACACGGACCAGAAUGAUCCCAGCAGGGAGAAGGUGGUGCAGUUGUUGGACGACUUCAAGAUAUCAGGCGUGAAUGGAACCCAUGUGUGUAUGGUGUUUGAAGUUCUCGGCCACCAUCUGCUGAAGUGGAUUAUUAAGUCCAACUAUCAAGGCCUGCCGCUGCCCUGUGUCAAGAGCAUCAUCCGACAGGUUUUGCAAGGCCUGGAUUAUCUCCACACCAAGUGUAAGAUCAUUCACACUGAUAUAAAGCCAGAGAACAUCCUGAUGGACGUGAAUGAGGCGUAUGUCAGGAGACUGGCUGCAGAGGCCACUGAAUGGCAGAAGUCUGGAGCUCCGCCUCCUUCAGGCUCCGCAGUGAGUACAGCACCAGCCCAGAAACAAAUAGCAAAGAUGUCGAAGAACAAGAAGAAAAAGAUGAAGAAAAAACAGAAACGCCAAGCCGAACUCCUGGAAAAGAGAAUUCUGGAGAUCGAAGGCUUGGAGAAAGAACGUGAUGGUGGAGAGGACGAGGAAGAGGAUGAGACGGAGACACCCGACAGCACCCCAUCUGUACCUAACAGUCAGACACUUAAUGACAUCGCAGCUGAGGACACACUGGAUGGCGUCUCCGACGGUUGGACUCAGCUCCGAGGCGCCGUCAACGGUCACAGCAAAGGCCCCGAGGAAGAGCAACCCAUAGACGGCCAGGAGCAGAUGAAAGACGACACCCCCGCGAAUCCGUACGACAGCGGCACCGAGGGGUCCGAGCCCACUAACCCUUACCCAGCAUGCAACAGCGCAGAGGAGAAAGAGCCCAGACCUCCGUGCCCUGCCGCCACAGACGGUAAUGGACCUUUGAUUUGUGGCAUGGUUGAGUCACAGUGCCCUAGAGUGCAGGACUCGGAGGGCCCCGGCUCUGUUGAGGGUCCCAGAGCGGAGAUGGGCCUCAGCAUGGAGGUGGACCCCAGCGCGCAGGUGACCCCAGAGGAGGAGAGCCUGAAGGACGCUAAGAUUGCGGCGGGGAACCUGCUGGUUAACCCCCUGGAGCCUCUAAACGCCGAUAAGAUCCAGGUGAAGAUUGCUGACCUGGGCAACGCAUGCUGGGUGCACAAACACUUCACGGAUGAUAUUCAGACGCGGCAGUAUCGCUCGCUGGAGGUGUUGAUCGGAGCGGGAUAUGGCACCCCAGCAGACAUCUGGAGCACAGCAUGCAUGGCAUUUGAGCUGGCGACAGGGGAUUACCUGUUCGAGCCUCACUCAGGCGAGGAUUAUUCCAGAGAUGAAGAUCACAUUGCUUUGAUCAUCGAACUCCUGGGAAAGAUUCCACGGAAACUCAUCAUGAACGGCAAAUACUCCAAGGAGUUUUUCACCAAGAAAGGUGACCUGAGGCACAUCACUAAGCUUAAACCGUGGGGUUUGAUGGACGUGCUGGUGGAAAAGUACGAGUGGUCCCGAGAGGAGGCCCAGACCUUCGCCGACUUCCUCCUGCCCAUGUUGGACCUCAUCUCGGAGAAAAGAGCCACGGCUGCAGAGUGCCUCCGACAUCCGUGGAUCAACUCCUAGUGGCCGGACGCUCCCGAAACACGCAGUCACACACAUGCCGAUCUUUUGAACUCACGAAUACUCACCGGUCACAGGCGUUGUCUUGAGAGGCUCAGCUGUGUCAUGGAAGACGUCAGCCGCAAACGUGAAGAGAACCGGUCAAGCAGAUCUAAUCUGAAUCUAAUCUUGUAUUAUUGUUCUUUUUUACGUACUGGGUAUAAUUUAUGUGUACCGUUAUCGCAGUGAUUGGUUCUCUCGCAAACGUAUCACUUUUCUAACAGUUGCCAUCAGAUCACGAUAUAGUUUGGAAAGUUUGGGAUUUGCUAGAGGUUCAGGUUUCUUUUACUCUGCAGAUGAAACGCAAGAGUGUUGAGUUUAAAGCACUCAUUAGUUGGUUGUAGUGUUUACUCAGUGUAUUAAGGAGCCUUGAGAAAUGAUGAUUUGUCAUAUCGCCACAAGAAUGAAGAGGGAACUGAAGAAUUCCUACAUAUUUUUUAACUCUGCUUAUUUGAAUGUGCGCUACUGUACAGUGUAAGAGAAACACACAUGUGCUUUUAUCAUACAAAAAAGACAAAGAAAAUCAAAAGCACUGAAAUCCUUAUUCCAGAUUUAUAAAUGACUAUCAUGGCCAUAUCACUAGAUUUAUACCAUGAGCUGGUAUUAAAGAAGUUGAAUGCCAGGGAGUUUUGGUAUCCAAUUUUUUUUUGCUUUACAAGAUCUAAAAUCAGUUUGUGUUUCAGAUGUUGUACAUAUUCAUACCAAAGAUUUGGUUCUUCACAGUAUAUCAGUAUUGUACAGUCCCAAUAACUGUGUACAGUUUUGCUAUGGCUUCAGAAUGGCUUGCAAGGAAUGUCUGAGAAUCGCUGGUUCAAAAUAUGUCUUGAAACAAAUCUGAGAUGACCCGGGCUUCUUUUCAGCUCUUUUGACUUGUUUUAUUAUUUCAGAGCGUGUCUAAUGAAAACAGAUGUACAGCUUUGAAGGACCCUCUGCUCUUUUGUGAUAAGGCAGUCUAGUUGGGGACAGUUUUAGGAUCACACAUCCACGUUCUCUGCUCUUUUUCAAGAAUAUCUCUUCGCUUUUGAUUGUUCAACUCUGAACUCAAAUGGUUUCUGUAGUAACUUCAAAUAAAGAUUUUGAAAUGGCA